ACACUUUUUUCGUGUUGGUUCUCGGGAGAUUCUGGUUUCGUGCUCGUCUCGCUGGCACUCGUAGAUGUCUUCGACCUGUGAACGCGCGUGACCUGUUCUGAUCAUAUUAUGGUCGUGACAUCCCUGAUUCUCUCACAUUAGUGCUCUCUUGUUUCUUCAUCUAGCCUGCAGACGUCUGACGUCCAUAAAGUAGAGACGUCGCUAUCUUGACAUCGCGGACUUUGUUUGCUUUGUAAUUAGUACCCGUCGACUCACGAGUGACUUUGACGGGCCAGAAGCGUGCGCCAUUGGAUAGCGGCUUAGCGACUGCCCAAAAUGAGUCGUUUCCAUCCUCGACAUAGAACGUCGCGAAUCGCCUCACAAGCACUCCAUAAGUUCUUGGCUCGACGAGGCCUCUCGCUUCUCCCCUUCGCCCUUCUCGCCUGCUUUUCGCCUAAUCUGCUUGCGACAGCUUAUUCGUCGUCGCGCCUUCGAGGCGUCCACGAUGGCGUCAGUGAUUCGUCCGUCCACGAACCCUCGUCUGUCCAGGAAUCUUCAUCCCUACUGGAAUCCGCAAUCAACAGGUUACGGCAGUGGUCUCUUCAGCCACAGUUGAGCCUUACUCCCCGUUCGCCCCCCCCUACUGAAGAGUCUACGGUGGUCAGAAGCUCACGAAGCAGGAGGUUCCUUCAGUCUCUAGCGGAAAAAGACCAGCGGCGUGCGAUUGCAAUGAACGUCGCAGAUGUCAACGUACGAAACAGCUCUGGCAACUCAGGCGGCCCAAGUGACGUGAUCGAGUCUUGGGAACCCCGCGAGGAUCGUUACUUGCUCGCUCUGUGCUUCUACGGCCGGCUGUCCAAUCAGGAGGUCUGCAUGCGCAGCUACUUAAUCUUCGCGGCGCUUCUAAACCGCACUCUCUUAGUUCCAGACCCGGGAUUCGCGCACCACUUCCAGACGUGGUACAGAUGGCGGUGGAGCUUGAUAUUCGACAUCCCGCACUUAAGGGCGUGUCUGGCUGACGCGUACGGCAACAACACCGUGCUUACAGUGGAGGAGCUUGUAUCGAGGACGAACCAGAAUGUGACUGUAGACCACAUUGCCUGUGCGGAGGGGAGGUCCUGCAUGGAUGAGAUUCAACUGUCCUUCGCCAAGCUUCCCAACGUGACUCUCCCGGACAAGCUAGAGCACCCGCUGGAGUCAGGGCGUCAGGACAUCAACUCGUUCCGUGCUGCAUAUGCUCCCUAUGCCAACACACGGGUGCUCAGCCUGGGGAACAUCUACGGCCUCCUAUUGAACGGCAAGACCGGAAAGAUGCUGCAUGAAACCAAGCCUCCCUUCCGAACCUCGUGCCUGGACCUCUGGGAGCCGCCACCAGUGGUUCGGCAGUUUGUUUCGGGGUUUAUUGAUACCUUUUUGGGGGAUGAUUUUGCCGCAGUGCACAUGAGGAGAGGGGAUUUUUCGCAUGCUUAUCUGAGGAAUGAGGAGAAGGAGCAGAACAGGAACCCGGCUUUCCUGCCAAUUGCUUCUAUUGCACGCUACAUUGUGUCGCGGUUGAGUGGUCGUGGCAUCAGCAUUCUUUACCUCGCCACAGAUGCAAGCCUGGCUGAAGUGCAAUUCCUGGAAAAGCUGCUGCUGGAGCUGGACUCAAAAGCUCCGUUCAUCGUAGAGAGGCUUCCUCAAUUCAGCAAGGGCUCCUUGGAGUAUAAGGAGUCCGAUUGGGUGCGAGAUUUUGAAGACCUGGACGAGGAAGACAAAGGCAUCCUGAAGGCCCUCGCCGAGAAGCACAUAUGUGCAAGAGCGCAAUACUUUAUUGGUACACCAAAGUCCACCUUUUCAUCAGAUAUAAUUAGAAUAAGGGAAGUCGAAGGGCGAGCAUCAACGGUAGACUCCUACUUAGGAGAUUCUGGUUGAUAAGUAGAACUAUUAAUGACAUAGUAGAAGAGCUUGGGUUCAGAUUUCGAAGUCCGUUGCAACUCCUCUGUGCCCUCUACAGUAGGUUGCUGUUACAGCUACCAAGCCUAUAAUUAUAUAUAACAAACAUGUAAUUUAGCU